GUGGUAAAACCCUACUUAGUACACAAAUUACAUUAAUGCAAUACACAAAAGUAGACUUAAAAUAAUCCAUAUUAAUUAUGAAAAACGAUUCCAUAUUAAGUGAUAAGAUUGCGUGCUUAUAAAUUGGUAUCAAAAAUUCAGUAAUAUUUAUACCACUGUAAAUCACACAAGACAAAUGCACAUUGCAUGCAUAAUUAUAAUAAAAAAAAAACAAAAUCAUUUUGAAAAUACAAUAACUAAUCCAAAUUGUUAAACAUGUCAGUGGUUCUCAAAGAGUGGUCUAAAUUCUCAGUGGCUGCAAAAGAUGGCAGUAUUCUCAAUUUACGGACUGUCGAAAUACUUUUGGAUACAAGUGUGAUGGACAAAAUACUACAAUGCUAUCUUAAAUAUUUUGUAAUCGAGGAGGCCAAUUUUAUUGCAGCAAAGGUACCGGAGAGUGAAGAAGCCAUGGACGAAAUGGCACAAAUUGUACAGAGCAGAAGUGUGCUAACUGACGACGAACCACAUAUUGUUGUUUGUUGUUUUGAUAACGGAAAUGAUAAGAACAUUGAAGUUUUAGGGGCAUCGAUAAUGGCAUUAGUAAGAAAAGAUAAUCCACAACCAGAGCAGCUAGAAUUGAAAUCGAAAGAAUGUCAGAAACUUAUGGAGAUAAUGGGAAACUUGAUGGAAAUUUACGAUGAAAUGAAAGUAUUUGACUUAGACCUCUGCUUUAGUGAUAGAGGGCUCGUUGUAUGUCCUGAGUACAGGGGCCUUGGUAUAGCACAGGAACUUCUUAAAGUCAGACGACUAAUGUGCAAGGAGUAUGGUAUACCUGUCAAUGGCGCCUGGAUGACGUCAUACGGUACACAGAAGGCUGCGGAGCGUGAUGGCUGGGAGACUGUCUGCGAGCUCCAGUAUGAAGACUUGGAGAAGAAGUUCAACGUCACUUAUCCGAAAAACCCACCUUCCACUAAAUUUAUGAUCGCUAGAAUAUCUCUUUAAAUAAAAUGUUUACCUACUGUCU